AUGGAUCUCGAACAAAACGACACUCAAAUUGAGGAGAUUGCGGCAUAUGACGGAGAGUUUGACACCUCUGAGCGAACAACUCCAUCAGUCCCAUCUGAGUCAGCCAUUGAUGAAGAAGCGUUCAAGGCCAAGCUUCUCCCACAGCUUGACGAUGCAGAUAUUACAACCAACUCGGAACAAGUUUUUCAUUGGGAAAUCAAGGAUUGGGGCGCUCUUCCUGAAAAGCUUUACGGCCCCACCUUUGUUUUAGGAGACUAUUCCUGGCGUUUAUACCUCUUUCCUGAAGGCAAUAACACACCUUGUGUUUCUGUAUACCUAGCAGCUGAGCCCUUUGACGAAAAUGCAAUUUCAUCUUCAGAAACUGAUGGCCCACCAUCCUCCAUCAACCAGCAGCUCAAACCAUCCACUCCACCUAAAGAAUGGGCAGUUUGUGCCCAGUUUGGCAUUGUCAUGUGGAACCCUGAAGAACCUACGUCUUUUACAUACAAUUCUGCAAACCACCGUUUCACAUCAGAAGAAUCUGACUGGGGCUUUUCAAAGUUUCACGAACUUAGACGUCUUUUUGUCAAACAAUCGCCUCUCGAAACCCCCAUCAUCUCUAACAACAAGGUUAAUUUUUCCGUCUACAUUCGUAUUGUGAACGAUCCUACUGGCGUUCUAUGGCAUAAUAUGCGCAACUACAAUUCUAAACGCGCAACAAAUUUUACGGGUCUCAAGAACCAAGGCGCCACGUGCUAUCUUAAUUCUCUUCUUCAAUCUCUUUAUUUUACAACUUCGUUCCGCGAUGCUGUGCUCCAAAUCCCCACAGACAGCGAAACCGACGGCAUUCCUUAUGCCCUGCAACGCGUCUUUGCACAACUCAACACGUCGGAAGCACCCGUUGGUACUCUACAGCUUACAAAAUCCUUUGGUUGGGAUACUGCAGAUGCCUUUACUCAGCAUGAUGUCCAAGAACUUAAUCGUGUGCUCAUGGACAAUCUUGAAGGCAAGAUGAAGGGAACUGCGGUUGAGGGUGCGUUAAACCGUAUGUUUGUAGGCCAGUUUAAGUCUUACAUCAAAUGUGUUAAUGUUGACUUUGAAAGCUCGCGCAUUGAAGACUAUUGGGAUAUUCAACUCAAUGUUAAGGGUAUGAAAAACCUUGAAGAUUCCUUUAAGGAUUAUAUCCAGGUGGAAACACUUGAUGGUGAAAACCAAUACAUGGCUACUGGAUAUGGUCUCCAAGAUGCCAAAAAGGGUGUUGUUUUUAAGUCUUUCCCACCAGUGCUACAUCUUCAACUCCAGCGUUAUGAGUUUGACCCCAUGCGUGGCGACACAAUCAAAAUUAACGACCGAUAUGAGUUCCCUACAGAGGUUGAUUUAUCGCCAUUUUUGGAUGAGGACUCGCGCGAUCCCAACGAGUCGUAUGUUUAUGAGCUUCAUGGUGUCCUUGUGCAUUGUGGUGAUCUUAAUGUGGGCCAUUACUAUGCUCUGCUCAAGCCAACAGCUGAUGGGCCUUGGUACAAGUUUGAUGACGACAAGGUCACCCGAGUUACGAUGAAGGAGGUUCUUGACGAUAAUUUUGGCGGUGAUCCUCCACCAACAGAUUCUAAACUUUCUCCUACCCGGCCCGCCAGCUACUGGCGCCACAAUAGCGCUUACAUGCUUGUUUACCUUCGCAAAUCCAAAUUGCAUGACAUUUUGUUUGACGCCAAACUCCCUGAAACAAUUGUCAACCGCGAGCAUCAACUUGAGCUUGAAGAGCAGCAGCGCCGACGCGAAAAGGAGGAGCAGCAUUUGUACAUGACUUUGCGUGUGGGGACCGUUGAGCGCCAGUUUAAAAACUAUUCAGCAUUUGACUUGGCAGUUUUUCCAGUAAAGAAUGAGGGCCCUGGGUUUGGUCAACAAGAACAACCGGCCGAGGCUCAUGCAGACAAGCUACGCAUCAGCAAGCUGAGCACACCUGGCGAGGUUCUGGACCACUUGGUAGCUACUUACCCCAACCUGGACCGACGAUCAAUUCGAUUGUGGUCAAUGGUUCACCGUGAUAAUCACACUUACCGGUUGAAUGAGCCAAUUAUGGACCGUUACGACAUUACAAUGGAAAAGGUUGCUUAUAAGCACUGCAAUAAUACAUCUGAGAUGAAUUGCUUUUUGGAAGUUCCUUCUGAGGAGCAGUUUCAGUCUUUUGGGUGUGAUGCGCGUGCCAUGUAUGCGCCCAAGGACCGCGUUCGUGGAGAGCGGUUACUACUUUUCCUCAAGUACUUUGAUCCUGCCACACAAACGUUGCGAGGCAUUAUGUCGUAUCCCGUGUAUUCAGAGGACCCCACUUCCACUUUGCUGCCUGUAAUUCGCAGAGCUAUGGGUUGGCCUGAAACGGUUGGUGUGCGGCUGUGGGAAGAAAUUAAGCCCGAAAUGAUUGAGCCUGUUGAUGUUGAGAUGGCUACGUUUAAUUCUGCAGAGCUCGUCAAUUCGGAUAUUAUUACAUUUGAACGCGAAUACACCGAGGAAGAGCUUGACGCUAUGGUUCCUGCAGACGAGUUCCGCACACCGGUAGAGUACUAUGACUUUUUGGUUCACCGGGAGCAGGUUAUUUUCCGCCAUCGGGUGGACCCUGAGGCAGAAAAAGACGGCAUUGUAAAACAUGUUGCUGAACCCAUUCCCAACUUGUCGCUGUGGCUGCACCAAAAUGCCUCUUACGACACAAUGGCAGCUAAGGUUGCAGCCAAUAUCGGUGUGGAAGCUACGCAUUUGCAAUUUUUCACUUCAACACUUCAAGGACAGGUUAUUGCGCCUGUACGCCGAGGACCUAACGGGCAUGGUCAUCAGCAGCAUUCUGGUGGAGCCACUGUUUAUAAUAUUCUUCACCAGAACCAUUCAUAUUCGAAUAUUUUAUAUUACGAUAUUUUGACAAUGAGCUUGCACGAGUUUGAGACUAAGAAGCUCGUGAAGUUUCUGUGGCUGCCCAAGGAAGGUAUUAUGCACGAACAGCGACACGAGAGUCUUCUUCCCAAGACUGCAACAGUUGGAGAUGUUGUUGCAGAGCUUCCCGGUAAGGUUGAUGGUCUGAAGCCGGAAGACCGCGAGCAAAUCAAGGUGUGGUUGGUUCAGGGCCAUAGAAUUGAAGACCUACUUCUGCCGCAGUUCCCAGUAAUUUCAUUACAGAGUUAUCAGCAACUGUGUAUUGGUUUGCAGAGUGAUGAGGAGGUUGCAUAUUACGAUCAACAACAGCAGCUGCAACAGCAACAACCGCCAGCAGGUGGAGCACAUCAACAAUAUCGAUUGAUUGAAGUGUUUCACUUUUACCGCGACUUGAGCAAUACCCACGGAAUUCCUUUUACAUUUGUGCUGAAGCGCGGAGAAAAGCUCGGUGAAACACGGUUGCGAAUUCAGCGAACACUGGGAAUGUUUGACAAGGUGUUUGAGCGGGUGAAGUUUGCAAUUGUGCGCCGCGGAGUUGGAAAUGGAAGUAGCAGUGGAGGAACUGGUACUACUGGGUCGAUUGGCUCACGCGCGACAACAGGCAACAUUGCAGAGACCGAUGCGUUCAAUGGGUAUGAAGGAAGUGUUACUCCUUCGACUGGAGUAACGACUACAACAACAAAUACUACCAACUCAUCUUCAGGGACCACGCCGAGUGAUGGAAGUGUAUCUUUGUCUACGUCAUCGUCUGUGCGACCCGUGUUGCGCUAUGUGUAUGACGCGGAGCCAGAGAAUGGUCCUGGGUCUACGGGAUACAAUGAGGACAUGGAGUUGUUUGCAGAGAUUGGAGACAAUGAGUGUCUUGGGUUAGACCACAUGAACCGGGCACCGCGCCGCAGGAUGGCAGGAGAGCGUGCGAUUUUGAUUAAGAGUUAA